CCUGCGAAGAAGGGAAGAAAAAAAAGAAGGGUGGGGGAGGAAAGCCGAGCGCCAGCCGCGGCGCCCGCGGACGCCGAAUCCGGCUUGACCGUUGGCGGCUCGGCAUCCCAAAUCAGACGCCUUCCUCCGUCCUCCCUUGCUGCGCUGCAGCGCUGGUGAGGCCAAGCAAUCAAGGGGGGGUGUUGGUCCGUCGAGCGGAGGCCGAGUAUGGCGAGGGCCCUCGACCGCUACACCUCCGGCAAGGAUGUCGCCUACAGUUGUGGAUACUGUGGCUAUGCAUUAAACUUGAGCUCCUCCGCACGGAACACAGCGAACAUUGGAUCCAAGUAUGGCAAGCACAUCAGGAAAGGCGUUGUCUCAUUCUUUGCAAUCGAUGAGAGCCGUUUUACACAAACUGAUGAGGUGAGCUGCACCCCGUACUUCCAUUCAAGCCAUUCAUGGGGAUUCUUCAGAAAUAGAACACGGUUGCUCUGCCGGAAGUGCAGUGGUCAUAUUGGUAAUGCUUAUGAAGAUGAGGAUCCCACCUUGUGCGAUGGGUCAGAUGACCUGGACAUGAGCUCCAAGGGCAGCAGCACAUCCCCUCGGAAGAAAUAUGUUAUUAAGAUCAAUGCACUGCAGCCCUCAUCAGAUGACUCUGGAGCUCUCUUCUCCCCGUGACGAUAAUCUGAAUUCUGAACUGCGGCCAUGUGUACCUUUUCAAGUCCACUAUACUGCAAACAGAGUAAAGGGAGAACCAACAGACGAGAAGUGCUCAAUAUUGUCAAGACCUUUCUAUAUAGGAAUUUGCUAUGUUUGUUCUAUUUCAAUCAUCUUUCCGCACUUACUCUAUUACAGAGUAGUCCUAUAUUUCCCUUGUGCAGCAGUGUAAAUGUAUACCUUGACAGGAGUAGUGAAUUUUUAUUGUGUUAUUAAUACUACUGUAAAAUGAUAGGGUUUUUGUCUCUAGUGUACCUUGUCGCUGGAGUGUUUGCAUUAUAUUUUUUCUGAAGUUCACUGCCUUUGCAAUUUUGAGACUUCUUGUAUUGCAUAUUCAAUUGAUAUACAUAUCUUACUGUG